UGUGAUCAAACCGUUAUUGGGUUGUUGGGUUAUAGAUGUAAUACAGUUAAUACUUUCGGAAACACAACUUUGCAGGUAGCAGGCGCAUUUGAAAGGGGAAGGCUUUUCGCACCGUACCCGCGCGGUCCGUUGGAAAAACAGGAUUUCCGGGUUUUGGCGUCGCGCUGAAUAUCUGUCAAAGAAGAAGAAAAAUGCAACAACAACAACAACAAAAAGGAAAAAUAUUUCUCUUUGCGGAAAGUGACUGACGGGAAAACUGUGUUGUGCUGCAGUCUGAUAAUACAGGCAGAGAGACAACUUUACUUUCAGGACGGCCUGACUGGUCUGACAUACGACUAGGUGUAACCGUUCGACCAAAAUAACUCACAUCGAAGUCACCACUUUGUCCCGCCUUCCUGCCCUCCGACCUCUUCAUCUCUUUUUCACGGCAUCAGUCAUUCUCACCAUGUCUUACCAGCCUGCCCAAAACCACCAUGAAGGCGCCUACAUGUCGCUGAUGAGAGGCUUGAGAGAGUUGGAUCUCCGUGGCCCCUGUGUUCCCAGUGACCUGGUUCUGAUUGGAGACCACGCCUUUCCUUUGGCAAUGAACAGCCGAGGCCAGGUCCUGAUGGCUGCGUCUCUGUACGGCAGUGGGAGGAUUGUAGCUCUGGGUCAUGAGGCCUACCUGACGGCCUUCCCGGCUCUUGUGGAGAACGCUCUCACCUGGCUGAGAGGCGAUGGAUCCGACAACCUGUCAGUGGGGGUCCAGAAGAAUGUCAUGGCAGUCGCUGAUAACCUCAGCAAAUCCAGCUUCCAAGCCAAAGUGGUGGGGGCUUUUAGUGACGGUCCCGGUGUAGGCGUGUAUGUGACAGAUGCCUACAGUGUGGGUGCAGACCCGAAGGACCUGGUGGCAUUUCUGAAAGGUGGAGGAGGAGUGCUAAUAGCAGGUCAGGCGUGGAACUGGGCCAAAAGUCACCCUAAGCAGAACACGCUGCUUCAGUUUGAAGGGAACAAGGUUUCUGGUGUGGCAGGGAUCUACUUCUCCGAUCAUUAUGGUGAGGCAGAGUACCUGCCUGUCUAUCCUCAAAUCCCAACCUCCUGGAUGGCGGUAGUAAUCGGCAAGGAUUUUGAGGAUGACUUGGAGUUCUUACUCCAGGGGGUUUCAGAGUUUGACAUCCAGGGUGGAGCAAUAUUUUCUGAGCUUCUGGUCCAUGGUCCUCUGGCUUUUCCCAUUGGGACCACAGACCAUGGACAGACGUUUCUGGCAGGAGCCUAUUACGGACAGGGACGGGUCAUAGUGAUUUCACAUGAAGGAUUUAUUGGAUCAGAGCCAAUGGCCCAGUUUUGGAACAAUGCCAUUCACUGGUUGGAUGAAGGCCGACGUGGGGUCAUUGGUGUAUUGCCUGAUCAUGCCAUGAAAGUUCUCAGCGAGUCAGGGUUACAGUGUGAGAAGACAAACUUCAGGAAAGACCUGAGUGUGUUUGUGUGUACAGCGUACAGCAGUGAUCACAUGGAGGAAAUCCAGAACUUCGUGGCAGAGGGAGGAGGCCUGCUGAUCGGUGGACAUGCCUGGUACUGGGCACAGACCCACUGUGGGCAAAACCCAUUAAAAGAUUUUGCAGGGAACAAGAUCCUGAACAAAAUGGGCUUGAGCCUGUUGGGAUCAACAAUCGGAGGAGGUCUAUACAAGGCCCCUGUACCAAGCCAGGCCAUGAAAGACACCUACCACUUCCGCCACCUUCUGCACCGCUUUGCUGAGCAUGUGACCAAGGGCGAAGAACUUACUAAGCAUGAGGAGGAAUGCCUUAAAAAGCUGGGCGGGGACUGUUCCACCUACUUGAACCUGAAGGCCCAUGACUGCUCCUCUUAUGUGCAGAUUCUGUCCACACUCACUGAUAUCUUAAUGAGGUCGGGCAUGCCACAGGUGUGCGACAGCUGUCCUGUGAAGAGUCCUAAAGAUCACCUGCUCCUCAAUGUGGCUACAGAGGUUUAUAAGGUCUGCCCAAAUCCUGAUGCCCUCCUGCCCUACCUCAUCAAGAAUAAUCCGUUGAUGGCAGUUGUCUAUAACCACAGGAUCCCGAUUGAUGUUAACACAAAAGGAUGGGAGUGGAUCAGUACAGGUCUCUACCUCUCUCCCGGUAUGAAGACGUACAUGGCCAUACCUGCAGAGAUGGUCAACAAGGGAUGGAAGAUCCAGAUUGGCUGUCAAACCGACAGACUGAACCAUUCAGAGUUGAAGAGAGCGCAAUGUGUUCAUGAACAAUUCCCCAUAACCACAGAAAUGGUUCAGGUGUGGAACCUCUGGGGUGGACUCAUCUACCUGGUGGCCCCGGGCAACACACAACUGGAGGGGUUGCAGGUCAUAGUGCAGAUGGCAGUACCUGCGCCAUAUUACAAAUUUGGUGUGACAACAUUAGCCGAGUGGUCCUUGCUGCGCACUGCUCCCUCGCCCUGGGCAGAGUUGGAGUUUGAAAACAUCAUCAUCACUGUACCGUCGGAUGUGAUUGGGAACCUGGAGCGCCCCGAUGAGUUGGCGGCACACUGGAACACCAUCAUGAGGGCCAUUGCUGACCUGGCGGUCAUACCACACAAAUUUCCACGCAAAGAACGUUUUGUAGCGGACGUGCAGAUUUCCAAUGGUUGGAUGCAUGCAGGCUAUCCUAUCAUGGUGCACAGCGCUUCAGCAGCUGAGCUGGUGGACUAUAAGCAUGCCAAGAUUCAUGGCCUGUGGGGGCCAAUCCAUGAGCUGGGACACAACCAGCAGAGAGGCUGCUGGGAGUUCCCAUCACACACCACAGAGUGCACAUGCAACCUCUGGUCAGUGUAUGUGCAUGAAGAGGUUUUCGGGAUCAACAGGGCAAAGGCUCACCCAGCUAUUUCUUAUGAAGAUCGAAAGACACGAACACGGGAGUAUGUUAAGGGGGGCAGGAAACUCGGCGGCUGGCACAUGUGGAUGGCCCUUGAGACGUAUUUGCAGCUCCAGGAGAAGUUUGGCUGGGAUGCCUUUAAGAAGGUGUUUGCUGCCUACCACAAGAUGGGCGACGUUCACGGUGACAAUGCAAGAAAGAUGAACCUGUACGCUGAGACUUUCUCCCAGACUGUGGGGAUGAACCUGGCUGGAUUCUUUAAGGCCUGGGGUUGGCCCAUCGAAACUGGCACAGAGGAGAAACUCUCCAACCUGCCCUCCUGGAACGACCAUCCCUUGGUCCAGUAUGACUGACCUUCAGUAUGCUGCUGAUUGAAGUGCAGAGAGAUGAGUUCCAUUAACAUUUCGCACAUUUUGUAUUUAGUGGGAAAUUCAAUUAACUGACUUGGUUUUCUUUUGAGGGCUCUUGGCGAAUUUUUUUAAGUCAAAUUUCUUGUAAUAAGUUAAACGACAGAAGUUACAUAGCCGACCAGAUAUUUACAGCUUUUGAAAUUCUGUUUAUUCUUGUGAGAAUAAGUAAGAAACAUGAAUGUCCUUCGCUCACACUGGGUUUUAAUAUGACAAAUGAGAUCUUUCAGUGUCUAAUAAUGGCUGAGUCAUUCUGACUUUAUUAAAAUGUCUCUCUGAACAUGUUAAGUGAUUAGUUUGAAUCAUUAACAAUCAAAAUUAUUUAAAAAAAUGUAAACCUCCUAAUAUUGUUUCUAAAAACUAUACAGUGAGGUUUGUCACUCAGCUGCACAUUUUGCCAUCAGUGAAAAGCCUUAGCCCGUUUAUCAAACAUGGACAAUUGGUCUUUUCUGGAUAUGUAAUUUUAUUAUUGCUCAUAUAUUUAUUUGUGCACUAUACAAGUUGAUUUUAAUAUAUUGUAUACAUUAAUUCAUCACCUUUAUGAUUAAACGUUGUGAAUUUGUGAGUACACAGUAAUGCGGUGGUUGGUGUCAUACGUUCUUAUCUAAUUAAGCCUAUUUAUCGGGGGGGGUGAGCAGGAUUCAUUUAUGAUACUGUGUGUGUUCUAAUAGUAACUAACUAAUUCCUACUGGUGUAGGAGCUGGUCAGUAGAUUAGCUGACAGAUUCUCAUGUUGAGUCAUGCUGGGCGGACGAAACCUUUUUCCGCCUUUCGUAAGAAAUGAGAGGGCCCUCAGAGAACCUCCACUAUAUUUUGAAAUUCAUAGUUCAGUCUCUCUUCAGAAAAAAAAAUUAUUUACUGUAUGUUUUGACACUAAUUACUUAGAAAACCCUGGAACAAAAAACCUUUUAAUUUCAGGCUGUCGACACACUUUGCGUUGGUCAGUCCUAUUUUUAAGCUCUAGAGAUAACUGUUCAGUCGAUUGGACAUGUGAACUGAUAUGUAAAUAAAGAUGUUUUGAAAGAC